AAGGCCUCAUUAAGGAUUUCUAAGUGGCUUUUAAGUUUCUGUGUCACUCUCAAGGGUGCUUUGGAAAUAUAUAAGACACACCAGCGACACCGUAUGAGACAGAGAAGCCAGCAAUCAUCCAAGAGCAACCUAAAGAGGAACUUGAGCUAACAACAGAAAUGACCGGAGCUGCUGUGUCUGUGUGCCUGCUUUUUCUCCUGUCUGUAUGUUCAGCGUGUUACAUCUCCAACUGCCCUAUUGGAGGAAAGAGGUCCAUAAUGGAUGCACCACUGCGCAAGUGCAUGUCAUGUGGCCCCGGAGACAGAGGCCGCUGCUUCGGGCCAAGUAUCUGCUGCGGGGAAGGUCUCGGUUGCCUGCUCGGCUCCCCGGAAACAGCUCACUGUGUGGAGGAGAACUACCUGCUCACCCCCUGCCAGGCAGGAGGGAGAGCCUGCGGUUCUGAAGGAGGACGCUGCGCUGCUUCAGGACUCUGCUGUGAUGCAGAGAGCUGCACCACAGAUCAAUCCUGCCUUAUCGAGGAGGAAGGAGAUGAACAAACCAGCCAGUUCGAUGGCAGCGACCCCGGUGACAUCAUCCUCAGGCUCCUGCAUUUGGCUGGCCACAGUUCUCCUCAUCGAGUCCACCAAUGAGCUGCUUUUGCGUCAAGGUCUCACUGCAAGCUCUCGAGCUGUAGGGAUUAAAUGGGACUUGUAGUUCACAUAGUUGUGUUUUUAUGUUUGUUGUCACGAUGCUGAUUUUGCUCUUUUUCCCUGCAGUACUUCUGUAGAGUGCCUUUGUCAAUAUAGCCUAUUUUUAUGUAUGAAAUUAGGGGUGAAUACCGGCUGUGGUCAUCCUGUUAUCUGCAUGUUGAAAUAAAGUUUGAAGAGAGUAUA